UCAACAAAAAAAAGUACAAAGGGUUGGCCAUAAAGUAUGUAGUCACAUAGCCUGGAUGUCAAUCUAGCUCAGAACAUAACGGCUGUAUUACAGAUGCAGAGGACUGGUGUCUCGGUUAGUAAACAUCUCAGGAUGAGGAAGAGGACCGGUGACCAUGAUUCCGAGGAGCAGAAGACUGACGGAAAUAAAACUAAGGUGUCAUUGAGUGCGCAGCCGAGACCUAGCCCCCAUUUGUUGUGGUGGUUCAAAAGAGGUCUCCUGGCUGUAUGUGUCAUUUAUGUUUCUGUGCCUUUCAUGAUGCCACUGUUUCCUGACAUCAUAAAGCACCUGGUUUAUUCUCACAGAGUCAGGGUCCCAUUCUUCGUCGACCAUAGCCAGCCAGCCGACCUGUCUCUUAACCACACAAUGAACAUGUACCUUACAUCCGAACAAGGGAUCUCAUUGGGCGUAUGGCACACAGUCCCUGAAAGUCAGUGGAAAGAGGCAAAGGGAAAGGACUUGGAAUGGUACCAAGAUUCUUUGGGAGCUGGAAAUCCGAUCAUCAUUUAUCUCCAUGGCAAUGGAGGCACAAGGGCAGCAAGUCACCGUGUGGGAGUAAUAAAUCUACUGAGUGCAAUGGAUUACCAUGUUUUGGCUUUGGACUACAGAGGUUUUGGGGACUCCACCGGAGAGCCCACUGAAGUUGGUAUAACCACUGACACCCUCUACUUGUACCAGUGGGUAAAAGCCCGCAGUGGGAGCAGUCUGGUGGUAUUAUGGGGACACUCCCUUGGCACUGGAGUGGCCACUAAUACUGCAGUCAAACUAAUGGAACAUGGGAUUGUUGUUGAUGGUGUGAUCAUUGAGGGAGCAUACACCAACAUUCGACAGAAGGGUGCUCAUCAUCCGUUUGGCUGGUUUUAUUGGAAGUUCCCAGGUUUUGAGUACUUUUUCCUGGACACAAUGGCAGAAAACAAUAUAAUCUUCCCUAAUGACGAAAACUUGAAGAGGAUGAGGAGUCCUCUUCUGAUACUUCAUGCAGAGGAUGACAACGUAGUGCCUAUCCACAUGGCUCAGCAGCUAUAUGAAAUUGCACAGAGUGCCCAAAAUUCAGAGAAUCGAGUUAAGAUGGUACCAUUCGCCAGAUCCCUUGGGUACCUUCACAAUGGAUUGUACAAAGACCCUCGCAUGCCCAACAUUAUUGGGGAAUUUGUACAUUCAUUGCCCCCCUAAUCCAGUGACCUAUGCAGAAGAACCUUUGGACAUCAACUGUUUCAACAUAUCUAGAGAACUGCAAAACCUAGAUGCACAGUUUGCAUGUCUCUUUACCUUAUGGCAAAUCAGUAGGGUGGACUUCAAUCACAUGGUCCAAUCAUUGAUCUAAUAUCAGAUAGAAGUUACAUUGCCAGUAAUGUAAAAGCACUUACUUAGCUGAAAGGACUGAGAAAAAAAAGAGAAUCUAUGAGGUUCAGCUCUGGGUUUAGCACUUACUGAGAUGUCCAAUGCAUUAUUAUCUAGCUAUAGUCAGUCUAUGUGCAAAUCAAAUAACUUUUGAGAUGGAGGCAAUGCAUUGGUUUCCUUUCUAUGAAUUAUAAAUGUGAAAAAUUAUUAUUAAUCAAUGUUUAAAGUGUUCAAGCUUAGGUGAAUUCUUAGUAGUGAUUACAUUUACAAAGUUACUGCUGUAAAAGCUUUUCUUCUUGGCGAGUAUUACAUUACAAAUAAAACGUGAUCAACGUCCA